AUGCUCAAACAAAUUCUUAGUAAGCUUCCACGAAAGUCAUCUAAGUCGACUGCAAAUCGUGAGCACGGUGGAAACCAUGCUGCCAAUUCAAAUGCAUCAACGGGCUCAAGAAGUAAUGGUGGAAAGUCUGCGAAUUCAAGCAUCUCAUCCAUAGCAGUAAAUAAUUCUGCUUCAGAUGUAGCAAUUCAUCGAGGCGUUAAUUCGAAGUUGAAUGGAAAUCUAGGGUUUUCUCAGUAUGAAGGACUGCCUGGAUUCAAGGAUGUUCCAAACUCUGAGAAGCAGAACUUGUUUAUUAAAAAGUUGAACUUGUGCUGUUACAUAUUUGACUUUACUGAUCCUACAAAGAACCUCAAGGAAAAGGAGACAAAGCGACAGACACUGCUGGAGUUGGUGGAAUAUGUAACUUCUGUGAGUGGGAAAUUCUCUGAAACUGCUAUCCAAGAAAUUAUGAAAACGGUGUCUGCAAAUUUGUUUCGGGCAUUCACUCCUCAACCACGCGAGGACAAAGUUAUAGAUGGUGUUGAUUUGGAGGAGGAUGAGCCUUCUAUGGAUUCUGCAUGGCCGCACUUGCAAAUUGUGUAUGAACUUUUCUUAAGGUUUGUAUCAUCAACUGAGACAGAUGCAAAAUUGGCUAAAAGAUAUAUUGAUCAAUCCUUCAUUCUGAAGUUGCUGGAUUUAUUUGACUCAGAAGAUCCCAGAGAAAGGGAAUACUUGAAAACAAUCCUUCACCGCAUCUAUGGAAAAUUCAUGGUGCAUCGUCCAUUUAUCAGGAAAGCUAUCAAUAACAUUUUCUAUCAGUUUAUUUUUGAGACUGAGAAGUACAAUGGUAUUGCUGAACUUUUAGAAAUUUUAGGCAGUAUCAUUAAUGGGUUUGCUCUGCCUUUGAAAGAAGAACAUAAAAUGUUUCUUGUUCGUGCAAUGAUUCCUCUGCACAAGCCAAGAUGCUUAGCAAUGUACCACCAACCAUUAUCUUACUGCAUUACGCAGUUUGUGGAGAAAGACUGCAAGCUUGCUGAUACAGUAAUACGGGGAUUGUUAAAGUACUGGCCUGUCACUAAUAGUUCAAAGGAAGUCAUGUUCCUAAAUGAGCUGGAGGAGGUUUUAGAAGCAACCCAGCCACCAGAAUUCCAGCGCUGUAUGGUACCUCUGUUUCAGCAGCUUGCUCGUUGUCUGAACAGUUCACACUUUCAGGUGGCAGAGAGAGCAUUGUUCUUGUGGAACAAUGACCCCAUUGAGAACUUGAUCAUACAAAAUCGCAAGGUUAUACUACCCAUUAUCUUUCCUGCUCUAGAGAAAAAUGCUAGAAACCACUGGAAUCAAGCUGUCCGUAGCUUGACUUUAAAUGUACGCAAGAUCUUUGAAGAUCUUGAUCAUGAGCUGUUCAAUGAAUGCCUAAUAAGGUUUCAGGAAGAUGAAAUGAAGGAAGCUGAGAUUAAAGCAAGAAGUGAAGCCACAUGGAAACGAUUAGAAGAGCUUGCCGCUCAGAAAGCUGCAAGUGAUGACAUGGCGGUUGUUCCUACCUGCAAAACACUCAAUCGCACCACUUCAGUUAUGAUCAAACAAAUACUUGGUAGGCUUCCCAAGAAGCCUUCCAAGUCAUCCGAGAAUCGUGAAUUUGGGGGUACAUCUGUCGCUCCUUCAAAUACUUCCUCUGCUUGUAAAAGCACUUGUGAUUUUCAGAGCAACAGGCCUGGAGCUUUAAACAAUUCAUCUCCUCCCGGUCCCGAUUCUGCUCCUCUUUUAGGUUUUAGUCAUGGAAUGAAGCCUACCCAGGUUGGGAAUCUGAAGUUGAAUGGCAGUUCAGUGCCUGCUCCGUAUGAAGCAUUGCCUGGAUUUAGGGAUGUCCCAAAUUCUGAGAAGCAAAACUUGUUUAUUAGAAAGCUCAACUUGUGUUGUGUGGUGUUCGACUUUGCUGACCCUACUAAGAAUUUGAAAGAAAAGGAUAUCAAGCGCCAGACGUUACUUGAGCUUGUGGAUCAUGUUACUUCUGCAAACGGGAAGUUCACGGAAACUGUCAUGCAAGAAGUUAUAAAGAUGGUAUCUGUUAAUUUGUUUAGGCCUCUUACACCACAGCCCCGGGAGAACAAGGUAUUAGAGGCCUUUGAUUUGGAAGAGGAGGAGCCCAUGAUGGACCCAGCAUGGCCUCACUUGCAAAUUGUGUAUGAAUUCUUUCUUAGAUUUGUUGCAUCGCCCGAGACAGAUGCUAAGUUGGCUAAGAGGUAUGUUGAUCACUCUUUUGUUCUCAAGUUGUUAGAUCUCUUUGAUUCUGAGGAUCCAAGGGAGAGGGAGUAUCUGAAGACAAUUCUACAUCGCAUCUAUGGAAAGUUUAUGGUGCAUCGUCCAUUCAUCAGGAAGGCUAUCAAUAAUAUCUUCUUCCGUUUUAUUUUUGAAACGGAGAAGCAUAAUGGGAUUGCUGAGCUUUUAGAGGUUUUGGGUAGCAUAAUCAACGGGUUUGCUUUACCGCUAAAAGAAGAACACAAAUUGUUCCUUGUUCGGGGACUGAUCCCCCUUCACAAGCCAAAGUGUUUACCUAUGUACCAUCAGCAAUUAUCAUACUGCAUUACACAGUUCGUGGAGAAAGACUGCAAGCUGGCUGAUACUGUUAUAAGGGGUUUAUUAAAGUACUGGCCAAUCACAAAUAGUUCCAAGGAGGUCAUGUUCCUAAGUGAGUUGGAGGAAGUCUUAGAAGCAACUCAGCCAGCAGAAUUUCAAAGAUGUAUGGUACCGUUGUUUCGUCAAAUAGCUCGUUGCUUGAGCAGUUCACACUUUCAGGAGGAAGGGUCCUACAUGGUCACAUUCAGUGUUGUCAAAGGUGCAAGGUGUCUUAAGGUGACAAGGCCUGCUAGCGCUUGA